UUUUACACUACACACAGUGAGUUAGUGAACAAAUUUCUUUACAAAAGAUCAGAAUUAGAAGUAAAAUUAGAUUUUAAAACCCUUUUAUUUGAUAAUGGCUUUGAUUAUUUGAUAUGUUUUGGGUACAGUGUUUGAAUUCGGUAUAAAAAUGGAUUAUUCAGAAAAGCUUGAAGAUGAAAUUUUUGAUGCUAUUUGUGGUGACUUGGGCCUAGGAGAGAGCACAAGAAGUAGCUGUUAUUUAAAUUUUGAGAAUGUUAAGCAUGGCCACAACAGUAAUGUAUAUUCACACCCUGACAGUAAGGGCCAAUAUGGUUCUUUAGAACAGCAAUCAAAUUCUAAAACAUUUAACAUGCAGCACAGCCACACACUACAGGAUACUGGUCAGAGAAAUGGGACAAACACGCAGCUUAAUGUAAGUUCUGAAGAUUUUCCAAGCUAUGCUGAUGUGCCUUAUGGGACUUCACUUAGGCAACAAAAACUACUUUAUGAAGUUCAAAUAGAGAAACUCCGUAAACAGUUUGCUGCAAGCCAAAAUGAAGAUUCUAUUAAAAAUUCAAAAUCAAAUAAAGAUUCCAAGAAUAAAAAUUCAUUUAAAAUGAGUGGCAAGGAAAUAGAGAUGAAACUGAAUGUUGCUCUACAAGAAAUGGAUGAAUUAAAAAUAGAAUUGGAUGCCUGUCGUAAAAGACUUGAUGCAAAAUACAAAGCUGUGGCUAUACUCAAGCAGCAGGCAGAACUAGCAGAUACAGAAUUAAAAAAUACGGAAAGGAAAGCUACUGAAACAAGCAGGAAACUAGAACAGCAUGGUGAUGGGAUGAAAGCUUUGGUUGAGGCAUUAGAUGGUAGAACUGUGUCUCGGUUCUCAAGGGAGAUGCUGGAACUUGAACUUGACAGGGUUUGCCAAGAAAAUGGGAUUCUUAUGUCAAAACUUGAAGCUAGGAAUGAAGAGCUGAGAAAAGCAAAUGCUCAUAAAACUGCCCUUGCACGAGAAAGAGAUGAGCUUCUUGCACUUCUUGAUGUAACAGAGAGACAAAAAUAUGAGCAAGGAAAGAGCAAAGUUUCUGAGGAUGACUACGGAUCAUUCUCAUCCACUGAGCUGGCUGUUCUGGGGGCAUGUAAGUGUCGUGUGUCCACUCCAGAGCCAUGUGGUUGUGCACAUGCUGCAGCUAAUUUAAGGAAGGAAGUGGCAAAGCUUAGGGAGGAGCUUGAGUGCAGCCACCAAAGGAGAGAAGAGACCAGUCUCACAGUGGAUGCUUACAGAACAGCCUUUGAGGAGCAGCUUGCCAGGAACAAGAGCAUGACAAUGAGGCUGUCCCAGCUGGCAACUCUGUCAUCACGCUCUGCCAAAGCCAAGGCUGCUAUAAAAUGGCUUAUCCAAGUCCUAAAUGAUGAUGAUUAUUCCCCACCCAAACCUAUUGAGACAGCUGUUGAAGCAGACAAAGGCCACAUGUUGUCAUCAAUGAGUCUCCAAGAGCUGGUCACUUUACUUUCUGAAAUGGUGAGUGAGAAAAAUGAGGCCUUAGCACAUCAAAAAUUGGCAGCUCAAGUACUUGCUAAUAAACUUUUAAAGUAUGAGAAAAAGGAGGGCAAAAAGUCUGACUCAGACAGCUCCACGGAUGCCAGAGUUAAAAAGUCAGAAGGCAAACACAAGAAACAAACCCCAAACUACAAGUUAGAUAUCUACAUUAAAGACAACUCAGUCAGUGAUGCAUAUAAUGAUGUUUUUAAACUUGAAAGAAACUCCAAUGUAGAAAGUAGUUCCUUUGAGGAGGACUACUUUUACGAUCCCAUAGAAAAUAAUAUUGAAGAAGCAAAUAGUUUAGGUCACACCAGUAAUCAUAAAAGUAAUGAGUUAAAAUGUACAGACUCACUGCAGUCUGUUAAUAUAGUUACAGCUGUAAAUCUGAAUAGAAAUCAUGAAACAGCUAACCACAGUGAUCACGUUUCUCCUGGCUGCUGUGAGGAUGCUUCACACACCUCCUCUAACCAUGUUCCUGUUGCAGACCAGCUUAGUGGACAAGCUAGUAAAUCAAAUAUUGAAGAGACAAAUGGGGUAACAAGUCAAGAAAAUAUUUUCUCUCAAGCUUUAGAUGAGUCUGAUAGAUCUGCAGCCUCCAAUACUGAAGGAGCGACACAACAGUUGUCCAAUAGUUAAAUCCUGAUAGACAAAAUAGCCCAGUAGUUGAAUCCUGAUAGACAAGGCAAUAGUCUUAUAGUUGAACCUGAUAUUGAGAUAAGGCUUUACUCCUAUUAUGAUCCAUUAUAGUAAAACUGGCCAGUAGUCCAAUAAGUGAAGCCUAGUAAUAGUAAAACAGUUUUACUUUGAUUUUUUUUUAAUAAAGUUACUAUUGAUUCGUAUAAUGAACUGUGAUAACAUUAUCUGUAAAUAAAUAGUUUCCAA